AUGAUUACGAUUACUUACUCAAGAUCGAACGAGUUCUUCCUCGAGUCCAAAGCCACCAUUGGCGUCGAAUUUGCUACCAGAACUCUCCAGGUUGAGGGAAAAACAAUAAAGGCACAGAUAUGGGACACAGCAGGGCAGGAAAGGUACAGAGCGAUUACAAGUGCUUAUUAUCGAGGUGCAGUUGGAGCUCUUCUUGUGUACGACAUAACUAAGAAGCCAACUUUUGAUAAUGUCCAGCGGUGGUUGAAUGAGCUGAGAAACCACGCCGACGCCAAUAUCGUUGUCAUGAUGGCCGGAAACAAAUCCGAUCUGGAGCACCUCCGAGCAGUGGAUGAACAAGAUGGCAAAUCAUUUGCUGAAAAAGAAGGCCUUUCAUUUCUCGAAACAUCAGCACUUGAAUCAUAUAACAUCGAGAAAGCAUUUCAAACUGUUUUGACUGAAAUCUAUCACAUCAUUAGCAAAAAAGCAUUAGCAACGCAAGAAGCAGUCGGUGGUGCACCUGGAAAAGGGACCACCAUUAAUGUCGGUGACUCUGUCGCCUCAUCUGCCACCACGAAGAGUUGUUGUUCAUCUUGAGAGCCAAGAUUCGGUAUUUUUAGUUCUUGCUUCUUUGUUCAUUUACAUAAAGGAAAUAGUGUGAAACUGUGAAUUGUGAAAGUGUACGUUUUAAGGACAUGUUAUUACUAUUAUUAUUAUUAUUAUAAAGAUUCAAUCUGUGCAGUUACAUGAUGAACUCCGUAU